CAAAACAAUAACAACAAACCAGAGGGAGUUCCCCUGGCGGAAGCAGACGAUCCCCCAGUAUUAUAUUAUCAUCGUGGGCACACACAAUUGGAUAUUUUUGACCUUAGACAGCAGCUGUGGUGACAUACGUUUGGAUAUUGCUCAUCAUUCCGAGAGUUCCCCCAGCGACAGAGAAAGAGAGAUAGCAAAGCCCCCGAAAAAAGAGCUAGAGAAUGAGAUAACUGACCGACCGAUCGGUGAUUUUUACGAGUGAUUAGCAGCGGAAAGAAACGAAAUCUGAGGUAAUUCACACUAAAAUGGGCGUUCGUGUGAUAGAGACCGAUUCGGCGAGCGAUUCGUACGAUGAUGACGAGUGCUCUACUUGCCAGAAAGAGCAGGGUAAAUCCCCCAAUAAAACUAAGAGGACCACCGCGCCGCCGGAGGAAACAACGAUCUAUGCGAGCAAGGAUCUGGUGGGCAACUGCAAGGAGUAUCGCAUCGAGAAUAACUCUCGGGAUCUGAGGAUCAUCGGCAAUGGCAACCGGAUACGCAUAGUGAGCAACUCUGGGAACCUGCAAAUUAUCGGAAAUAACACCAGACUAAAGAUCCAGAGCAAUAGUGGAUCUAUAAAGUAUACGGGUAACGAUGGAAGGAUCUACCUGGGCAGCAAAUCUACACAGCAAGUUGUGGACUACACAGGUUGCAAUGGACUGCUCAAGGUGGUCAAAUCACUGGAUCUCAGCGGCGAUGCCAAGAAAAAGUCCAGCUCUCGAUCGAAAAACCCCAAGCCAACGGAUUCCCAACAAAACAAGUCCGGGGGCAUUGAGAUCGAUAGCAAUUUCACCAUCCAGCACGGAGCUGGGAAUAUUGUGAUCAAGAAUGCCAUCAAUGUGAGCAUUUAGAAAAGGAGCUCUCUCUAAGUCAUCUUAGGCCAAAGAUUAGUGUACUGCAACAACUCUUGCCGCCGAACUGAACGGUUCCUAUUGACUGCAUAUAGUCAUCAAGUCCAAUUAGUGACUUCCGACUGCUACAAAUAUAUACUUACAUCAUAACCCAUUCAGCAUCGUAAAGUAUUAAACGCCACGUCGCUAGUCUAGAAUAUCCAUUAAUAAUCACAAAGCCACCCACUGAUUAGGGAAAUAUAUAUGUAUGUAUCUAUAGUCGUAAUAUAGCGCUCAGUGAACAAAGCUUAAACUUCAUUCCGAGAAUGAUUAAUCUGAUGCAAACCAAAUAAAAAUGUAUGUUUAACAGAA